GCGGAAGUUCAGUAGGUUCGGUGCUGAAGCAAAGCUUCCAUUUUCUCGGGGCUCUUGUUGCGAGCAUAGAGCACGUGUUUAUCACCGCCGGUCGCUUUUCAUCGCGCUCUUACGACACAACGCCUUCUUCGUCUUGUACGGACGUUUCGACCAAACGUCAAUCUCCGACGCUACUCAAUCCCUCACCAGGCAAAGUUCUAAUUCGCCGCAGAGGUUAACGCUAUGAAUCCAGAGAAACUGAAGAAGUUGCAGGCCCAAGUGCGAAUUGGCGGCAAGGGUACACCCCGGCGCAAGAAGAAGGUUGUACAUGCAACCGCUGCCACAGAUGACAAGAAGCUACAAAGCUGUCUGAAAAAGCUAUCUGUAAAUACAAUUCCUGGUAUAGAGGAAGUUAACAUGAUCAAGGAUGAUGGCACGGUCAUUCACUUCAACAAUCCAAAGGCUCAAGCCAGUUUAUCCGCAAAUACAUUUGCUAUUACUGGUCACGGUGAAAACAAACAGAUCACUGAGAUGUUGCCUGGAAUAUUAAGUCAGCUUGGUCCUGAAGGUCUUACGCAACUUAAACGACUAGCUAGUACAGUUGCUGGUAGCGCAGUUGGCAAAGCCACAUUGGAGGAAGAUGACGAGGUGCCAGAUUUGGUGGAAAACUUUGAUGAAGCCAGCAAAGAAGAGGUGGCUCCGAAAAAAGAGUUGAAUGAGAAUGACAAAGCAGCUGGUGAUAAAAAUGAUACUAUUGUCAUUGAAGAGAAGAAAGAAGCACCGUUAGCUACGCCUGAAGCUUAAGAAGAGAAUAUUGAAGUAACUAAUUGAUGAACUUAUCAUUAUACAGGGUGUCCAAAAAAACUCUGUAAAUUCGUAACAAUAAGGUUAUGUAAUCUGCAAUUCUGCUUUUUUUCAGGUGUUUCUCUCUCUCUCUCUCUCUCUCUCUCUCUCUCUCUCUCUCUCUCUCACACAAAUACGCGCACACACACACACACACACACAGAGUAUACGUGCGUGCACAUACACACACAUAUAAAUACACACACAUCAGGUAUAGUUGAUAAUUAACAAGUCAUGAAACGCAAAGAUAAUGCGUAAAGUAUAUAAUAACUAUACACACAAGUUGCAAAUACUUGACAUACUCUAUAUGUACUUGCUAUAUAAGUAACAGUUGACGAGAAAUAAAAAGAAAGCUGUUACAAAAAUGA